CGCCGCUGCUCGGCGGGGCCGGUAUCCGCCCCGGCAGCGCGGUCUGUCGGGCCGCCAUGGGGAAGAAACACAAGAAGCACAAGUCGGACAAGCACCCCUACGAGGAGUACGUAGAGAAGCCGCUGAAGCUGGUGCUGAAAGUUGGAGGGAACGAAGUUGCCGAACUGUCCACUGGAAGCGCGGGGCUUGAUUCCAGUCUGUAUGAGGACAAAUCCGAGCAUGAAAAGCACAAGGACAGAAAAAGGAAAAAGAGAAAGAAGGGAGAAAAACAAGUUCCUGGAGAAGAGAAGGAGAAAAGAAAGAGAAAAGUUAAGGAGGAUAAAAGGAAACGCGAUCGAGAACACCCAGACAGUGAGGGAGAGCAGGAACUGAAAUGUCAGACCCCUGUCAGAUUGGAAUUAUCACCAGAGAAACCAUUAACGAGUACUUUAUCAAAACAGGAAGAGGUGGAGCAGACACCGCUUCAGGAAGCUCUGAAUCAACUCAUGAGACAGCUACAAAGAAAGGAUCCAAGUUCUUUCUUUUCAUUUCCUGUGACUGAUUUUAUUGCCCCUGGCUACUCCAUGAUCAUUAAAAAUCCAAUGGAUUUUAGUACUAUGAAAGAGAAGAUCAAGAACAAUGGGUACCAGUCCAUAGAAGAAUUAAAGGAUAACUUCAAAUUGAUGUGUACUAAUGCAAUGACAUACAACAAACCAGACACCAUUUACUACAAAGCUGCAAAAAAACUGCUGCACUCAGGGAUGAAGAUACUUAGCCAGGAGAGGAUUCAGAGCCUGAAACAAAGUAUAGAAUUCAUGGCUGAUCUGCAGAAGACGAGGAAACAGAAGGACAAGGUAGAACUGCAGCUAAGUGGAGAUGAAAGUGGUUCUGGAAAAGACAAAGGAGAACCUGUGGAUGGCGAUACCAAAGCUUUCAAAACACCCAACAAGGAACACAAAAAGAAGGACAAAGAUCUACUUGAAGACAAAUUAAGAAUCAAUAGCUUGGAAAGGGAACAAGAGCAGAUUGAUCGUAUUGUUAGAGAAUCUGGAGGAAAGUUAACAAGACGACUUGCAAACAGCCAGUGUGCGUUUGAAAGAAGAAAGCCAGAUGGCACAACAACUCUGGGUCUUCUUAACCCAGUUGAUCUUACUGCAGGAGAACCAGGUUACUGCCCUGUAAAGCUGGGUAUGACAGCAGGAAGACUUCAGUCAGGAGUUAAUACAUUACAAGGGUUCAAAGAAGAUAAAAGAAACAAGGUUACUCCAGUGACAUACUUGAACUACGGACCCUACAGUUCGUAUGCUCCGACAUAUGAUUCUACAUUUGCCAACAUCAGCAAAGAAGAUUCUGACUUAAUCUAUUCAACCUAUGGGGAGGACUCUAAUCAGGGAUCAUUCAGUAUUCAUGAAUUUUUGAUGAAGUCGCAAGAUUAUCCUUUCUUAAUGGCUGAUAGCUUGCUUGAUGUUCUAACUAAAGGAGGACAUUCAAGAUCUCUCAGAGAACUAGAAACGCCCCUAGAGGAAGAUGAAGGGCCCCAUGAAAGAAGUGAUGCAUUAAAAGAGAUUAUGGAAAUUGAUAUCGCUGCAAGAUUGGAUUCUGCUAAUAAUGACAGACUAACAGCCCUAAAAGCUGUUACAAACUUUGGCAUGCCUAUGGAAGAGUUUGAUUCUGAGGAGGCUGAAAUCUUCCAGAGGAAACUUGAUGAAACAACAAAGCUUCUGAGAGAACUUCAGGAUGCUCAAAAUGAACGACUAAGUACAAAACCACCCCCUAAUAUGAUUUGUCUUCUGGGUCCGUCUUACAGAGAGAUGCACUUGGCGGAGAGAGUAACCAAUAAUCUGAAGGAACUGGCACAACAAGUGACUCCAGGUGACAUUGUUAGUACGUAUGGAAUCCGGAAAGCAAUGGGAAUUUCAAUUCCUUUACCUGAUACAGAAGAUAGUGGGGUAGAUUUGACAGAUGAGUUUCAAGAACCCAAAAAGACUGUCACCAUCACUGAAAACGAAUGUGGUCCAGUUACAGUCUGAAGUGUCAGUUAAGUUUACAGGUGUUUGUUUGAUUCUAUUUAAGAACCAGAUAAACGUCCACUGGUGCAUUCACUGGGCAUGUGUAUAUUGUGUGUUAAAGAAACUACUUUUGUUUAUUAAAUUUUGGAACUGAUGAUUUUUGAAAUUGA